AUGAAUGAAUCCAAUGAUGGUACAUCAUCAAUUGUUAAUUCAACAACAGUUGAUUAUGAAUUACCUGAUGAAUUUCCAGCUAUAUUUGGUUGUUAUAAAGGUGAAUGUCGUAUUGAUAUUGGUUGGUUAACAAGUCAAAGUGAAAUUCAACUUCGUUUUCAUUCAAAUGCUUUACAAAUUUGGUCAUCAAAAUUACGUAACAGUCAAAUAUUUACACCAACAUCAAAAGUCUUUAUUCAAGCUGCUUUAUUACGUUUAUCAGGUUGUGAAGCUAAUAUUCAAAGUGAUUAUGGUGCUGUUAUUGAAAAAGAUGAUUAUAUGAUUGUUAAAAUUCAAACAUUUGAACCGGAAAAUAUUGCAUAUCAUAUUGAUUUUUAUCUUGUUGAUGAAACAACACCAUUACGAAAACAUAUUGGUUUUGCAUAUGUUUUACCAAUACAUUCAAAUCUUGAAUUAGCAGAUAAUAAACAUCUUCAUCGUAUUGUACCAAUUAUUGGACUUAAACAUAAUCCUAUUGGACAAUUAAAAGUUGAUGUUUUAUUAAUAACACCAUUAGAAGCUUCAUUUAAAGGUGCAUUUCAGCUUGGUUUUGAUUUUGUUGAAUUUGAUGUACAAUUAUCAAAAGAUAAAAUUCCUGUUGUUUAUCAUGAUUUUCAAGUUGCUAUUACACUUAAACUUAAAGAUUUAACAUUACCACAAUUACAAUCAUUAAAAAUUUAUCAUACAAGUAAAACAGAUGUAUCAAAAGUUGAUGAAGAAUUAAAUGAUGAUGAACAAACAAAUACAAUUAAUAAUAAUAAUUUAACAUCAACAACAGUAAAUCAAUUAAAACAACAACAUGAUGAAAAAAAAUUUCAUUCUUUAUUUCCAACAUUAGAAGAACUUUUUGAAACACUUGAUUUUCAUCUUGGAUUUAAUGUUGAAAAUAAAAUAUGCUAUGGAAUAUCGACAUGGUGGAAGUGA